UAUAUGUGCAGUAUUACCGUGGACGCAAGGGGGUUGAGCCGCUCUACAUAUUUCGACCACUCUAAUAAUAUAAAACGCGAUUACACCCCACAAAAUCCGUUAAUGCAAUUAUUCAAAUUAGAUACGACACAAUAGGUAUCGUUAUACACAGUGCUCGUUAUUAAAAUUAGUUUUAUUUUCGCCUAAUCCGUAAACAGAUCAGUCUUUUCCUCGUUCGCAAAAAAAAAAAAUUGACGAAGUCCAUAAUGGAUUUCGGUGAAAUAUUAAUUAUUAAAAUGAUAAUUUAAUUUAAACUAAUUAAUACUAUAAUGGUUAUUUAUUUAAUGUUUAAAAUAAAUAAGCGGAUAGAUCUAGUUUCUUGCCAUUGUGAUUUGUUUUUUAAUAUUAAAGUGUUUGCAAUCGAUAUGUAAGUGUGAAAGAAAACAACGGUUACCAUAAAUGUUUUAUUCAUUUAGUUUUAAAAUAGGAAUAUAAAAUGAAAAUAAGUACAUUUAAAUUUAACUAAAAAAUAUUGUAAAAAACACAAGAAUCUGUCUGUGUGUUAAAAAAUAAAUCAACAUCUGUAUUCUAUUAAAAUAUCGUUCCAAAUUUGAUUAUUAAAAAAACAUUGCUCCAUAGAUAUACUGUGCAGGGAUUAAAAAAACAUGUGGAUUCCAGCUUUUUAAAACUCCAUUCCAAAUUUGAAUUAAAAAAUCCAUUGUGACAUAGAUCUACGAAAAAGUAGAUGCGGUUAAAUUACAAGGAUUGCAGAGAUUAUUUAUAUCGGAUAUCCCACAAGAUGUUCAACUUGUACCAACAUAUAAAGUCUGGUGAGAAGGAGCAGAAGGAACCAGAGACCACGGGACACGACAGGUUCUACCAGGAACGGUCCAGGUCUAGUUUUAGGAAGAAGAAACGGCGCGGGGCGUGCCGCAGGGCCCAGUCGGCUGCAGAGUUUGAUCCAGAGUCCGUUGCCGCUGCCAACAAGAGAGAUGCUUUCCGUAUACGAUCCGUUUCUACGGAUAAAGAGGAAAGUGAGGAAGAGAGCUCUGAGCGUGCGCCGCUGGUGGCGCACAAGAUAGACUCGCUGGCCAAGCUGCUGUUCAACAAGUCGCUGAUGGGCUCCGGCUCCGGCAAGUCGUCGCCGUCAGAGCCUGCCGCCUCACCCAAACACUGUGAGCGGUCUAUGGAGAGUUCUGUUGCGUUGGCGAUCUGCAAUGAAUAUUUGGCGCACACUCCGAGGUAUGACAUGUUGUCACCACUGAACCCCAUAGGAGCACGCGGCAGCAAGAAGUGGUUUGCGAUACACGAUAACUCUAUCAAGGCUGACAGACUUCUCAUACUGAUGCCCUUAACGAGCCAGUGCCCCAUAGAACCCAACGAGACAUCCCGUGGGCUCAUCAUGGAGCUGUUCCGUGCUCUCCACCACCCGUACAUCUACCCCGUGCUCGACGUGGAGUUGUGCAGUGGACACGCGCUUGCAGUGCUACCGUAUUGCUCCAGGGGAAGUCUGAAGGAUCUCAUAUACAAGAGUACAUGGAACGACGAGUACCUUCGCAAAUACGACGCAGUGGGCGUGGGCCUGCCGCCCACCCAGGUGGCGAGAUUCGGGCGCCAGAUCCUGGAGGGUCUCCUUUUCCUCAAGGAGAAGGGUUUCCCGCCCUUCCGUCACCUGCACACCGGCAAUGUGAUGGUGCAAAACGGCGUAGCCAGGAUGUGCGGGCUGGAGAACACACUGGUGGGCGCCGUGCCGCCGCCGGCCGCGCGCACGGCGCCGGCGGAGCGCGUGGAGACGCUGCUGCUCGGGCAUGUGCUGUUCGAGAUGUGCGCCGGCGCUGACACCGACCUCACGCUGCUGCGCGAGCUCAGCGGCAACUACUCGCAGGUGGUGGAAAUCAUAGAGCUGAUCUUCGGUCCCCGGCCACCGUCGUUGCAUGAGCUGUUGCUGUGCGAACUGUUCCGGAAAAUAGAUUUACGGGAAAUGAAGGGAUCUUGCUUACCGAACUUCAGCCAACGUCUGUCGGGGCCGUGCCUGGCGCUGCUGAACGAGGUGGCGCGUAGACAGCCUGGGGCCAGGGACGACAGCUCCGACCCCUGCCCCCCUAGCACUCCCCCACCGCGCAGACGAUAUGUAGUGGAACAAGAUUACACAGAAGAGUGGGUGCAUCAGUGGUGACCGACCCUUUGCGACCUGCACUAGUAACUAUUAGGACCAGCACAUAUCUGGCACAGCGUAGCUUUGAUCAGUUAUUGUGGAUUAGGUGCUAAUACGAAUAGAUACUGGACUUUGUUUAAUUCCAUUUUUCUAGGCUUUGUUUGUUACGCUGCCUCGGCAUAUAUGUUCCGGCCCUUACGGAGCGUCCAUAAAAUAAAGACUGUAAGCGAUUAGAAGCGAUUAUAUGAAAGUGCAAGAUUGACACAUCAACACAUUUACAGUUUCCACCAUGUGUCUGUGUCGUAGACAGGGAAAGUAAUAGACGAAUAGAUAGCAACUGUCGCACUCCCUAAAAAAAAUGCGUGGACUUUGUAAAGAAACGAGGCAAAGUGAUUCAGUGUUAUGACGCGUGCUUCUUUUUUCAUAACGGGUCAAACAAGUUGAUAAUUAUUGUCGUUCAGUCCUAGAGUUUGGCUAAUGAAAGUAGAGACUGAAAUCGCCCGCCAAGUUAAAAUAAAAUCGGAGUAAAUUCUCAAAAUUAUAGUGCAAAUAUUGGAAUAACUGAGUUUAAUACUUAUUGCAUAUGUAGUAAUGUAUUCACAAACAAAAAAAAAAAAUUUAAACAAACUAUGAAAACGCAUGUUUUUUUUAAUUUGUUCAAAUAAUUUUUAAAUUUGGCGGCCGUUUUCAGUUUCUAUUUUCAUUAGCCAAACUCUAAUAGAUUUUAUGUUUUUAUUAAAAAAAUAAAUGAACGUAGUGUGACAAAAAAAUCGCAACAUGUAAAAUUGUUAGAUAUUCUAAAUAACCAAUUUGCUUAUUAAAUGGGUUCAGUGUAGUGUGUUUUGGUGUGAAAAUCUAACAUAUUUGACUUCACAUCCAGCAAGCAUUCAAAGCAAGAGAGAAUAGGCAUCUUCUACGUAAGCGCGCUCCAACUUAGACCACAUUUACUGCUUUUCAUCAGAUAUAAUUAUUGUAGUCAAGCGGGAGCCUACCCUUCAUAAAAAAACUCAACAUUACGCCAAUCAGUCAUCUAUUUCUUUCUCUGUCUACGAAUUAAAGUAACGUCGUUCAUUACAGUAUGCAAAUGUGUUGUCGUGCAAGGGCCUGUAGCCAUGUGGCACGUCGAUUCUCUUUCUACAAACGCUAACGCUUCGAAAACUAAAAAAAUGUGUGAGAAUGACAGAUCCGAUCGCUAACUUGAUCACGUGACCUGUCGAUAACAAAUGUCAUUAAUCGCAUAUUUUUUUUAAUUUGCGAAGCGUUUGUGAUUGUAGGAAGAGAAUUUGCGUGCCACAUUGCGAGCAGAAGCUUCAAAAGUGGAUUUGAAAAAUAACAAAACCAAUGUUGAACAAAGGUUAUGAAAGUUAAGAUUCACAACAUUUGUCAGGACAACUUAAUUAACAAAUCAAACUGUAACCAAAAGAAGGCCCUAGAAUGGAAGAGAUAAACCUUGAGUGGAAUCACGCACUUGUGAACGCUGUGUGUAUGGUUGAAGACUAGUAUUUGAUAGUUAACAAACACUCCCAUUUUCCACUCAAGUCACUCUCCCCGCCUAUCCCAAGUAACCCAUAAAGAAUUACACUACAAGAAAUGUGAAUGGCUAGAACGCCACGAGCAUACUGAAGCCGACAGUACGACGAGCACCUUAUAUCGCAAGUCGUUCCGACCAACCGAUCGCUACUCCUCUCUAAAUCCCUACUCUUUACGAAAACAAGUCUCGCCACCUAGCGUCGGCACGAGCCAACACGAGAUCGGGCUACGUCAUAUCCGUCUCAGACUACUAUUUCCUCCACUAUUGGUACUAAUAUUUUUAAGAGGUAAAGUUUGUGAGGUUGUAGGGGUAAUCUCUGGAUCUACUGAACCGAUUUUGCUAUAUUUUGUCCCCAUAUUCCUAUGCGAACAGAAACUACGCGGAGAAAGUUAUGAUUAUAACGCAGUCUACUAUUUAGAGGUAACAUUCCACUUGUUACAAUUUACAUAGUAGAUUUGUAUAGAAUAUUAGAUAUAUUGUAAUUAACUAUGACUAUGGUAUGUUUAGUAAUUUAAUAGAUUAAAACAUAUUAAAAAUAUAUUAUACAAAACUGCUAUUUA